AUGCAAAAGACUAGUGGAACAGCUGCAUGUGCAUCAUGCAAACAUCAAAGAAAGAAAUGUACAGAAAAAUGCGUAUUAGCUCCUUAUUUCCCAGCUGAAAAAAACCGAGAAUUCAAGGCAGUACAUAAGGUUUUUGGUGUCAGCAACAUCACAAAAAUAGUGAAAAAUCUAAAGGAAGAUCAUGAUCGGAGAAAAGCCGUCGAAUCCCUAAUCUGGGAAGCAUUUUGCAGGCAAAAAGAUCCAGUUUUUGGUCCUUAUGGAGAGUACAAAAGGAUUUAUGAGGAACUCAAGUUGUACAAAAGCCAAUAUGAACAAAUUCUGCAAAUGCCAAUUAGCCAAGGGAGUAAUAAUAAUGGCAUGGCAUAUGAAACAACAGCACAAGGAUUGGUUAAUGGAUGGAAUAUUAAUAAGAGGAAUGAGAAUAACUUGUUAUAUAUAAAUGAGAAUUCCACUGUGGAAUCUUGGUCAUCGUAUAACAAUAAGAAUAAUCCAUUACAUCAUCACGUCCAGAAUAUUGAAAAAUUAAGAACAGAAAAUAAUAAUGGUUCUAUAGUUAUUGUGCCUCAACCACAGGCCUAUAAUGAAUUCAACCAACAAUAUUUUCUGGCAGGUCAGUAUAAUCCAAUAGAUUCCAAGUCAAGGGAAAGCAUGCUGUGGGAAGACCACUCCUGA